AUGAAGCUGGGCCUGGCUGGGGGCUGCCUGCUCCUUCUGAUGCUGAUGGCUGCGGUGCUGACGAGGACCCGGGCAGCUCCUGUCCCCGGACCCCCGUGUGUGCUCCCCAAGGCCAGGGUGUGCGACAUGGCCCAGUUCAAGUCUCUAGCCCCCCGGGAGCUGCAGGCCUUCAAGACGGCCAAGGAUGCCUUCGAAGAGUCGCUCCUGCUGAAGGACUACACGUGCAGCCACCCGCUCUUCCCCAGGCCCUGGGACCUGAGGCAGCUGCAGGUGUGGGAGCGCCCCGUGGCCUUGCAGGCCGAGCUGGCCCUGACGCUGCAGGUCCUGGCCACCGUGGCCAACUCCACCCUGGGGGACGUCCUGGACCAGCCCCUGCGCACACUGGGCCACAUCCACUGCCAGCUGCAGGCCUGUGCCCUGGCUCAGCCCACAGCAGGCCCCAGGCCCCAUGGCCGCCACCGCCACCGCCACCGCCUGUCCCACUGGCUGCAGAGGCUCCAGCAGGCCCCACAGAAGGAGACCCCCGGCUGCCUCCAGAUCUCUGUCAUGUUCAACCUCUUCCGCCUCCUGACCCUGGACCUGAGGUGUGUCGCCAGCGGACACCUGUGCGUCUGA